AUGGAUGUUGCGUCGGUGGCGAGAUGUGUGGGAAGAUGCUAUGUUUCGCCGGCGUUUGCAGAAUCCGAACCGCUCCGGUUAUCCGACCGGAAAUUUCCGAGAUUAUCUUUCUCUAGCUCGCUUACUCCGUAUCCCGCCGGUAGUGGUGGUCUGAAGUUUGGCCGGCAAAGUCGAGAGAGGAGAGUGAGCUUCUUCCGUCCGAUCAUGGCGACAGAUGAGUCGAUUUCGUCGAGGUCCUCUGAUUGCGCCGGUGAAACACAACAAAAAAUCAACGGGAAGCAAAAGAACAUCGUGUGGCAUAAUUGUCCCAUCACUAAAUCGGAUAGGCAAGAAUUGAUUAAGCAAAGAGGGUGUGUGAUCUGGAUUACUGGCUUAAGUGGUUCAGGGAAAAGUAGUGUGGCUUGUGCUCUAAGCAGAGCAUUGUACAAUCGUGGAAAGCUUACGUAUAUUCUUGACGGUGACAAUGUUCGACAUGGUUUAAACAGCGAUCUUAGCUUCAAAGCAGAAGAUCGAGCUGAAAACAUUCGAAGAGUUGGUGAAGUUGCUAAACUGUUUGCAGAUUCUGGAAUCAUCUGUAUUGCAAGUUUGAUAUCUCCAUACCGUAAAGAGCGAGCCACUUGCCGUGCAUUGUUACCGCAAGGAGAUUUCAUUGAGGUAUACAUGGAUGUGCCACUCCAUGUUUGUGAAGCUAGAGAUCCAAAGGGUUUAUACAAACGUGCACGCGCGGGGAAAAUCAAAGGUUUCACGGGAAUAGAUGAUCCAUACGAACCACCUUUGGAUUGCGAGAUUGUGAUACAGAACAACAAUCACGAGGGUUUAUCUUCUUCUUCUCCUUCUGAAAUGGCAGAGAUUGUUGUGUCCUACUUAGACCAAAAUGGAUACCUCAAGCCCUCGUAG